GAGUUAAAGCCCCCGAGGAGAGAAUCAUGCAAAAUGCACAAACAAUGUGUAUGGCCAUUUUGCUGUUAAUCGUUGGUUUCGUCGGUGCUGAAAACUUGCUCUUCUCAGACUGUGGAGUUAGAACAUCGCGCCGUCAACCCAGGAGCAGUCUUACCAAAAUACCAACUACAACCAACCUCAACCACUCCAGUCUGACGCCAUUUGUUCGGAAUCCGAAAAUAAUGCACGGUACACCCACGGUCGAAGGUCAGUAUCCGUGGCAGGUAUCGUUGGAGCUGUUGCAUCCUUCGUACGGUUUUAUAGGCCAUUGGUGUGGUGGAGUGUUGAUUGAUCGAAACUGGGUACUAUCUGCGGCCCAUUGUAUUCACAAUGAUUUGUUCAAUCUGCCGCUUCCCGCGCUUUGGACAGUGGUUCUUGGAGAAUAUGAUCGUCGUUCCGAAUCUGGCUUCGAGCAACGCAUCCCGGUGGAUAAAAUAAUUUUGCACGAAAAGUAUCACAACUUUAAGCAUGAUCUUGUGUUACUCAAGCUGGGAAAACCCGCCAAUACGGCACCGAAUUCUCGUGUCAGGAAAAUAUGUCUUCCAUUUGCUGACUUCAAAGUAAACAGCAUGACGUUCGAUCCACGACCCGGACAACAGUCGAAACAAGAUUCCAAACACAAGCCAGCCUAUUUUUUCGACAAACAACAGAGUGACGAUUCAGAGGAUCAAACAGCAUUGGAAGACGGCAAUCUGUAUGAAGAAGACUCGGAUGCAUUUCCAGAGCUCGUCCCGUUCAGGGAUGAAAACUUUUUAAGACAUUUUAAAAAAUCCAUACAAGCAGCAUCUCCCAACGAUCGACCGUUACGUUCACGCACCGCACGGUACAUGAUCAACCAUUUGGUGGCGGAACGGCUCCUGUCUCUUCGUUCUAAUCGCACAUAUUCUGCUGCAUCGAGCGAACAAACCGAAACCAAAGCUGCCGACGAAAGGAGUGCUGACCGACCGAAUCACGCCAGUCGGUCGUCAAGACGAAUGUUCACCAUGGACAUGUUCAAACCAGACAGACAUCAUGCACGCCCGACCAGCAGUGGAAAACGGUGGAUUUACCACCCAUUUGCAGGAAACAUUGUCUUGACCCACAACGUGGUGUCCCAUCAACAGCAUCACCGGGCGAAUCUAAACAGCAAAUUCGGCAACAAUAGACGACGGAACGAUAAAUUUUCACAUGCUCCAGUUUACUAUCGCAAAGAACCUAACUACCGUACCGAGGACGCCAUCGAUCCCGCAUUACCUGAAGCCAAUGGUCCGGUAGCGCAUUCCGCAUCGGAUGCUGAGACGGUGGACCAUGGCCCUGCUACGAGCGCAAUGCCAGACACAUCGCAGUACGUUGACUGCUUAGCAACAGGUUGGGGAAAAUCUACAAUCGAUGAUGAACUAACCGAUGUCUUGCUGCAAACGCGCGCACCGAUACAGAGCAGUAAGAAGUGCGAGGAAGCGUAUGGAGACUUUAUCAAACUACACCGCGGUCACCUUUGUGCGGGAAACCUGGACGGAGCCGGUGGAACAUGUGUGGGAGAUUCGGGUGGCCCUUUGCAAUGCCGCAUAAGCAAACGAGGACCAUGGAUAUUGGUAGGAAUAACCUCCUUCGGAUCUGGUUGCGCGUUUAAAAACUACCCGGAUGUGUAUACAAAAAUUUCUUUCUAUCGCCAGUGGAUAGUGGAAACCAUACAAAGCAACUGAAAUUCC